CCCGCCUCCGCGCCCCGGAGCCCGCCGGCCAGCGCCGCCAAGCCGCUGCUGCGCUGGGACGAGGUGCCCGACGACUUCGUGGAGUGCUUCAUCCUGUCCGGCUACCGGCGGCUGCCGUGCACCGCGCAGGAGUGCCUGGCCUCGGUGCUGAAGCCCACCAACGAGACGCUCAACUUCUGGACGCACUUCAUCCCGCUGCUGCUGUUCCUCAGCAAGUUCUGCCGCCUGUUCUUCCUGGGCGGCAGCGACGUGCCCUUCCACCACCCCUGGCUGCUGCCGCUGUGGUGCUAUGCGUCGGGAGUGCUGCUGACCUUCGCCAUGAGCUGCACGGCGCACGUGUUCAGCUGCCUGUCGCUGCGCCUGCGCGCCGCCUUCUUCUACCUGGACUACGCUUCCAUCAGCUACUAUGGCUUUGGCAGCACCGUGGCCUACUACUACUACCUGCUGCCCAGCCUGAGCCUGCUGGACGCCAGGGUCAUGACGCCGUACGUGCAGCAGCGCCUGGGCUGGCACGUGGACUGCACCCGCCUCAUCGCGGUCUACCGCGCGCUCGUGCUGCCCGUGGCCUUCGUGCUGGCCGUGGCCUGCACCGUGGCCUGCUGCAAGAGCCGCACUGACUGGUGCUCCUACCCGUUCGCCCUGCGCACCUUCGUCUUCGUCAUGCCGCUCAGCAUGGCCUGCCCCAUUAUGCUGGAGAGCUGGCUCUUCGACCUGCGCGGCGAGAACCCCACGCUCUUCGUGCACUUCUACCGCCGCUACUUCUGGCUGGUGGUGGCGGCCUUCUUCAACGUGAGCAAGAUCCCCGAGCGCAUCCAGCCGGGGCUCUUCGACAUCAUCGGCCACAGCCACCAGCUCUUCCACAUCUUCACCUUCCUCAGCAUCUACGACCAGGUGUACUACGUGGAAGAGGGCCUGCGCCAGUUCCUGCAGGCGUCCCCGGCAGCGCCCACCUUCUCCGGCACCGUCGGCUACAUGCUGCUGCUGGUGGUUUGCCUGGGCCUGGUCAUCCGGAAGUUCCUGAACAACUCCGAAUUCUGCAGUAAAAAGUGAGCCUCCGCCCCAGGAGGAGGCCGUGGUUUGCCCACCUGUUCGCGUGGAGUUUCUGUUGUUCGCUGUUGGGUUUGUUUUCAAGUCUCGUUGUUUCCUUCUUGGCUAGAGGAGGGUGCUGCAGACCACGAGGAAAAAAAGGUCCGCUGCUAGUUGGGGAUCCCAGUCCACUGGCCUUUGGAAGAGGGAAAUAGGGAUGAAGUCGAAGGAAGAGAGGGCCUCUGGAAAGAAAAAUUAGGUAUUGUCUAUGAUAUCCAGGGAUUUUGCAAGGACAAUGAAGAAAAAUCACAGCUAGAACCCCAAGCAGUUGGCUUUUUUUUUUUUUUUUUUUAACAGUCUUCUGUGUCCCUUAGUGAAGGCAGGUAUGCAGUAAAGAGGAUAAACACAGAUCCCUGGCUGCUGCCUCUGCGGUCCAGAAAUGCUUGGAUUUGUCAAAAGAAUGGACCUUUCUUUGUUGGGAAAUGGGCACAAAGACACAAACCCAGGGCUUAACCCGCUAGACAAUGCAUGGAAUGUGAACACAAGUUAAUUAUUUCAAAAUGUUUAUCAGAUGUUAUUUAAAUGAUAAUAUAUACAUAUAUAUAUACAAUGAUUUUUUUUUCAUAAUUUAUCAAAGCCCGGGAGAUGCACUUGAGUCUUCUUUAUCACAUAGUUCUGAUUUUGCUGCCUUCUGCAUUGCGCUCGUGAACUGGACGUUAGGACAAGCUGCUUGAGAGUUCUCGACUACAUUUUUAAACAGUGUUUUCUGAAGGCCUGUGAGUGUCAUGAUAAAACUGAAUGACUACUUAGGGACCCUGAUUAGACUAUUGGUGAGACUCCAGUGGUUCGUAGAGGUCUCCAAUUCCUACUUACUUUCAUGUAUUCCAUAAAACCCACCCUGGGUUUUUGUUUGUUUUCUUUUUAAUCUGAUUCUUUCCUCUCUACUUGUUUAAGUUGCCACUGAAAUAAAUGUGCCUUUUGAAGCAAAUGCCCAAAUGACUGGUCCUCAGACACCGCCUCUUGUACUGGGAGAAGAGCGUCUUCUUUCUCUGCUUUUCUGCAAAUCCUGGUUGGACAGAAGGAAGAUGGACUUGGUUUUAGGUUGAUAGUGGGAGCAGAAAUAGUUUAGAGGUGUACAGAGCACAUGGCUUCUGCCCGAGUCAGCCCUCUGACGUGGCUGAGGUUCCUAGUGCAGCCUCAAGGGGUGGGAGGAGAGGAUGGUGAUGCAUGUAUCCUUGCUGAAAACUUAAAAGGCAACCAGGAUUACGUGAGGCGGUUCUAUUAUGAAAAUUAGGAGCAUGUUACUUAUUGCUGGCAUUUCUGAGUUAAGACUACAGUUGUUAACACCAAAGUCUCAUUUGAGUCCAGACUAUGGAAACGAUUGGCAGUCACCUCGAAAGAUUAGGAGCAUGCUCCCAGACUCUUUCAGUGACCCUAUUGGCCAGUUGUUAGAUGUCUCUUAUAAAUGUCAACCUGUCAUUAAAAAAACGGCAACUCUUCAUCACAAACCACCGAGGUAGUGUAUUUAAAUAUACCUCACACUUUCUUGGUAAGUCCUUCUGGCUAAGAGCCAACCACGUUGGUGAAAGGAGAAUCUUGGUUUCAUGGUGUAAUUUAAGGCAAGCGCAUAGGGUACGUGGACAGUUACCUCAGUACUGGUAGGAUGGUGCUCCUGGAAAGAUAGCUGUUUUGUUUUUGUUCUUAAUUGCUACUGUAUUUGUAAAUAGAGAAUCUUGGCACAAUUCCCUGGAGGAACCAAUGCCCUGUGUGUGUUCACUUGCACACCGAAGUUAAAUUCCUGUGUGUGUGUGUUGAAUUUAAGGCUUCUUAAUGGGAUUUAAAAUACACUUUGCACAACCCCUGAUGAAUGUCAACGUCUCAUCCUUUGAUGCAUGCUUAACCACAGAUACCGAUCCUCAGCGAGACUUAAUUCAGCACCUGUGUUCAAGGGUAACUGUGGAGACCAGGAUACAGCCACAUACACCUACUUACAUGUCACUGUUGCCUCUUGUAGAGUCUCAAAGAAUGUUCAUUCAUAAACUAGAGAAACAGGUUAGGAAUGUUUUGUAGAAUGUGGUUUGUUGUGGUUUUUGUUGAAUGGGACUCCUCCUCCCAAACUCACACUUUUAAAGAACUCUCAAGAGAGAGACAUCUGAAAGAAACUGUGACUGUAAGGACAGGCACUAAAACCCAAAGCUGUCACUUUAGGCUGUGGUUGGAGAUCUUCAGGGUCCCCUCUUGCUCGGUGUCUUUGUCUUUAAGCAGAGGCCACUUGAGGAUAAAAUCAUACCCGUAUCAUUUUCAAGUGAUUAUGAUGCAUAAGCCAGUGAGAUGACCUGCUUUCCCAGGGAAGGCCUCCUCACCCCUUAUGCUCCAGGGAGAAGGAGGAUUCACCUCCCGGCUUUUCCUUUCUCCGGCUUCCUUUCCCCCUCUUCAUGUGCCACUGGCAUUGGCAAUGGGACAUUCUAGUUGAAAACAGGGUGUCAGCUUCCCUUCCUGUUUGCGAAUAGGAACCACACACACCAAUGAAGAUCAGGGAGGCUUAACUACAUGCUGCCGGCUGAAUUAUACUAUUUCUGUUAAGGCAGAUAAUGCAUUUUAGAGCAAAUAUUUAUUCAGGCUCCAUGUGCAUGGAGCUAACCAGGCUUGUUACACAUUGCAGGAGUAAGGUAAGCCAUCAGAAUGAAACUCUUCAAAAAAUAAUUUUCCAUGAUCUCCAUUUUGGCUCCACCCAUUACAUUCAGUUUUGUUGUAUUGCAUUUAACAGUUCGAAAUAUAUGACAAAUUAUGAAUGAGAAUCCACUCCGCUAUCUUCAUAUAAUCAUCUAUCUGGCGGUAAAAUUUUGAAGCACAUUAUGAAAUCCAUUUUCUUGUCAGGUGUUAGUCAUAAUCUAGGUGGCAUCUCCAGCAGCAGUCCCUCGGAGUCCUGCCUGGGAAAUGAUUAUCUGACUCUGUGCCCGCUGCUCUGUGGGUUGGUCCCAGGGCUGACUGGCUAAGGUUUAGUUGGUUAGGGGGAGAGCCUUUCCUCCCACCCCCCUGGCCACUCAGGUGAAGAAGGUGACCUUCCCAGAGAGAGGGAAGUGCAGCUCCUUCAUGUCAUGACUGGCUUGUAAAAAUAAACAUGAUCUUUUUCCACUGGCCAUACACGUUCCCUAAAUAACCCAGGGAGAAAGUGUGGGGCUGCCUAACUGCCCAGAGUGGCCUGUAUCUGCUUCCAUUCAUAAACCCGCCUGGAAGUGCAUGGGAACCAUUACUAAGAAUGUCAAAUCAGUAAAUGUUUCUGAUUUGGUGAUGAAUCUGAGGGCUAACACCAAUAAGCCAGGGGUUUUUGUUUGUUUGUUUGUUUUGUUUUUAAUCUCCAAAUCCCCCAGCUAAUUAACCUGCAUGAAGCUAUGGUAGACAGGUAUGGUAGAAGUUACUUUCUAAGGAUUUUGUCAUUGGCUGACAGUGACAGAAUUCAGUCUUCAGACUGAUAUUAGAAGGCAGGGAUAGUCUUGCACUCAGUUGUGUCUGGUAGUCAGCAGGACUAUGUUACAUGGUCAAACAUACAGAUGCUAAUUGGAUAUAGUAUGUAUAAUCUUGGAUAAAUAUAGCCCACUAAUUGAAUAUUUAAUUUUGAAAUAGAACAAAAGAAGAGAUGGCUACCUUUAAAAUUAGAUUAUAAAACCUUAAAAUGUUACCAGCCACUGGAAUGGUUUUCAUCAUCUUGUUCUUCAUCUGUUAGCUUUGCCAUUGCUGACUCUGUUAGGGUCCUGUGACUGAUGUCCAUCUAGUCUUGGUGUAAUCUCUCUAGUGAUUAUUGAACAUCUAUCUACUGUAUGUAAGACUUUAAGCAAGGAUCCAUGCAUCCAUCCAUGCUAUUACAGACAUUACCAGAGUUAGAAAUUUGGGUUUUUUCUCCCAGUGGUAUAAGAUCAGUAUGCUAGAAUCUUAUUUUAAUUAACACAGUGAUUUAUCUGCAUCUUUUCACUUUUUUUUCUCUGUUCCUUAGCCUAAAGUUUAAAAAAAAAAACUUGAAACUUGAAUUUACGGUACAGGUAUAAGAAGAGUGUGUGUACAAACAGAAUUUGGAGUUUAUUAUCACAGUAAUGACAGAGCUAAUGAAGAGCUGGAGAAGGUUUAUAGCAUCCAUGCCGUUCUGAAGAGGGGUCCAUUCAAAGUGCCUAAAAUGAGGUGUAACGGAGUGACUUCCGUAGAUAAGGUGGUAAAGUCAAAGUGAGACCCCUCCUGGGUGUGAGUUUAAAUGCUUCAACCUCCAAGAAGUCCCUAGCCUUUUCCUUCCUCGUCUACGAUCCUGUAGUUGUAACUUUCAGAGAGUAUCUUAAAAAAAAAAGAAAUCAUUUGUCAAAAGAGAGGAGCAUAUAUACAUACAUAUAUAUGAUCAAAUACAUGCACACACACACACACACACACACACACACACGCGCGCGCACGCACAUGCACACACGCACGCACACACGGUUGGCAGAAGGUAUAGGGAAGAUCGAGCAGGAUAGGAUUCAGGCAGCCAGUAUGGCGCAGCUGCUCAACUGUGGAGAGUGUUACCUGGUUUUAAAUGUUGUCCCUAGAAAAGGAUGUGGACGCCGAGGGUGUCAGGGCUCAAACAGGUGGCAAGGGAUCCCAUUUGGCAUAUUAACAACAUCCUGUAGCUUUUGACUACAGCACUGAAUGCCAUGGGAUAUUUUGAGUAGUACGUUUAUCCCAUGGCUUAAUUUGUUUCCAUAAAAUUAGGGCAUAGGUCAGAAAGGCAUAUCAGGCCUAAUUGUGAGCCACAUUUUUGAGUCAUUUUCUUGAAGGAUUGCCAGUAUUUGUUGAAUGCAUUGCCAGACAAAAGCAGACGAGCUCAGACACCCUGAGAAAGGAAGCAUUGAAUGGCUGAGACCUGACAUACAGGAUAUUCCUUUAUGAGGGGCCACGAGCCUUCCUACGGAAGUGUUGGGGUCUCUGAUACUGCCAAUAGUUUUUUCUUAAUUACAAAACGAUUACCAGUCUUUAAUAAUUAAGAAAACCUAACAUAAAUUUCUGUUGUCAUUCCCCAAAGAACAAAUGUGUUGCUUUUCUGGUUUGUGAAUUUAUCACUAAUUUGUAGGCUUUUUUUUUUUUUUUAAUUCGCCUUGUUUUAUUUUAGCAUCUUACACAAUCUGAGCAAGCUGCAGAACUGGAUAGUUUAGUUAUAGGUCAGGGCCCAAAAUGCCCAUUUAGCUAGCUACUAAUGGUGGCAGGGUGUGACUUUUGAAAGCUCCAAACACACACCUGUGCGCAACAAUACCCAGUACCUACUUGGUGCAGAAUGAUAGCAAGUUCUUUGACCUUUCGGAAAGACCUGCUCCCACCCCGUGCCAUGCUUCUGAAUGUAACUCGGAAGCGUUAAUGCUUUUUGUUCUGAACAUGACAUCUCUCAAGGAAGUAUCUGGAGUGUGCAGAUUUAUUCUUGAAUGUGGAAACGUGGCAGGCCACCUUCCCCACGCCUUACAGCUCCACCCAAAAUACGCAACAAACACUUGCACUCAGGCAGAGUUGGGAGCAGUCUUCAGCUGGCUCUUCUGCCAUGUCAUGAAGACCCUGCUUCUCAUGGCUUACCACCACACCGAUAGGACACCGUGUAAAUAAACCCUUUCUGAAGACCGGCUUCUCUCACUUCUUUCGGUUCUGUGUCUGUUUAGAAAAGAUAGUCUUUUUUAACUUGCUGGAUGAAAAAAAAAAAAAAAAAGAAUUAGCGGGAAAAUUUUUUAAAGAUGUGUUUUAAUUUUAUAUUCCAAAGGUUUGUAAUAGCGAUUUUGUUUAUAAAAAAAAAUCAGGCCUUAGCACAUGGAUAAGAACCAGGGCUUUUUCAAAAGCCUCAUCUGUGUCUGGGCAUUUAAUCAUUCUGAGCUCCUACCCAAAUGAUCAAGGCCUCUUGGGUCUUUCAAACUGUAAAUAUUGUGUAGUUUAGAAAAAGAUAAGCAUUUUUUAAAGAAAAAAGCAUCAGAUAGAUUCUAGGUGUGUAACAAGGCUAAACUUAAAAGUCUUUCCUAAAAUUCUGGUUAGAAACUUCACUAAACUCCCUCUCUUGAGAAGAUUCAGUUACAAAGGCCUGUCUCUGCCACGUUGGUUUACUUUUCUGGGGUCAUGAGGGAAAUUACCUUAACCCAGCAACUGAGCACCCAGGCGAUAAGGACGUGAGGUACAUUUCACGUGGAUGGAGUGUCACCAUAGCGAAUCAUAGAGCAGCAGAAUGCUCAGCCUGGGCCCUUGUUUCUUCUAUAUGAAACAUAAGCCCCAUGUGUUUAUUGCUGCAUCGACAGGAAAGCUUUCCAUCUGGGGGGCUGUGGGGAGGAUUCUGUGGUGGCUUUUCCUUUUGCUUAGGCGCAUGCCAGCUCUGAACUUGAAUCUUCAUUUCAGCCUUCCCCAACCCAUUCCAACCACCUUUGAAGCCUUUACUUUCCACAAUUCCAGCCUUGAAGACAGCAGAUUCUUAAAAGGAUUCCCUGUGUACUUAGGCAUUCAACCAUCUGCCUUAUGAGAGCAUUGCCUGAAGGGCUGUCUGUCUUCACGUUCUUGAGGGCAGAGGCAGAGAGGGGAUUUAACAGACCAAAUAGAAAGGUUUCAUAUGUUGUUUUUAAAUCUCAUUUAAUGGUGACAGUGGAGGGUAAAGAAUAAUGUAGGCAUAAAGAAUUUUUUUCCACUGCUUGCUAAAUUAAUUCUUCUUAGGCCACCCUGACUCCAGUCCUCACCCAAAGAGCUGACUUAGCUGGCUAGAGAGGCAUCCUCAGGACGGAAGCGCUUCCAGCCUGGACUCUAAGAUGGUUUCAAGUCCAUGGUCCAUUCAAGUCCAUUCUGACAGAAGAGCUUUACUGCAUCAUAAUUGCAAAUUUCCAGAAAAGUGAAGCAACCUCAUCUAUAGAAAACAGACAUUGUUCUCGUUGGUUCUGUGCAUGUAACAAACUGCCUUUCAUUUCUGUUGUAUGGUCUGAUAUGAUUUUAGUUUCUGAGACAUGUGUUUCCUCCUGUCUUGAAUAUGAAAAAAAAAAUCUGUGAAAAUGAUAUAACUAUGCAUUUUUGCUGAAAACAAAUGUACGAAAUAAGAAUAAAUGAUUUGUAAGCACAGUAAAA